AACAAGGGCGGUGUCUCCCCGGAGGCCAGUGCGCAGCCGCAGAGCUGGACCCGCCCGUCGCUCCGCCCCCGGGAGAGUCGGAAACACGAUGGAGGAGUACCAUCGCCACUGCGAGGAGGUUGGUUUCAAUGUGGAUGAAGUCCACAACCUUGUUAAAGAGUGUAUAGAUGGAGUUUUGGGUGGUGAAGAUUAUAAUCAGAACAACAUCAACCAAUGGACUGCAAGUAUUGUGGAGCAAUCCUUAGCACAUUUGGUUAAGUUGGGAAAAGCUUAUAAAUAUAUUGUGACCUGUGCAGUGGUCCAGAGGAGUGCAUAUGGCUUUCACACAGCCAGCUCAUGCUUUUGGGAUACCACAUCUGAUGGAACCUGUACUGUGAGAUGGGAGAACCGAACCAUGAACUGUAUCGUCAAUGUUUUUGCCAUUGCUAUUGUCCUGUGACAUCCUAAAAAUGUUUGGCCAAAGCCAUUCACUUAAGAAUUUGUCAGUGUAUACUUUCUAAAAAGAGUAAGUUACUUAUUAAUACUCUAGAUGACAAGUGUGCAAUAUGCUUCAAAGCUAUCAAAAAAACUGAAUAUUAUAAUCAAGCAAUCUCAUACAUAGUAAGUUGGCAGAUUUGCUCAUAUUCUAUAUAUACAGAAUCAUUUCAAUAGGAAAAAAUUAAUGUCAGCAAAAAACAAAUACAGAAACAUGGCAUGACUUGAAAAUACAACCUUAUAUUUACACUAGCUUUUUACUAACAUGUACCUAAGGAGUUAGGGAAAUCUAUUCUGCUGGGGUCCAGCCCCAGCAGGUCCAGGGGUUCCCCAAGGUGUGGACGGAGUCGGAGAAGAAUGAAGGGCACGGAGUCAGCUUUUAGGUGAUCAUAAUAGCCAGAUUCUCUCUUUUAUUGUCAUCUAACAUCUGUAUUUAUACUAUUUGGUUCUCACCUGGGGAAACAACCUCUCUUCUCCUAGCCAGGUUCCUCCCCCUAUUGUCCUCUUACAUCUGCAUUUAUUCUAUUUGAUCUUAACCCCAUCCAUUCCAUUCCAAAGGCUAGGGCGUUUCUCAUCUCUAUUUCAAGGUUCCUUGAAACAUUCCUGCAGGGACUGCCUCAAGCAGCCAGGGUGGAUCGGCUUCCAUCAAAUUCCCCCAUUUUUAUUUUUUAAAUGACAGAACCUUGUUAGAAAAAAAGAGGGAGAAGAAAGGGAAGAAGGCAGCAUCCUGACACAGCCCUUUCCUUCAGCUGCCCCUUUCCCUGUGGUCCAAGGUAGAAAUGGGAAACAAGUCCUGUUGCAGUGAGAGGGCAGCUGCUGUCAGCCAAGUCUCUGUUUUCUGGGUACAGAUCUCAGCUGGACCAAGUCUCUUUCUGUUCCCAAUCUGAGCUGGGCCAAGUCUCUAUCCGUUAUCUGGGUCCCGAUCUGGGCUGGACAUGGGAAGCAAGAAGCAGCCAUGGGAAGCAAGAAGCAAGAGGAAGCAAGAAGCAGGAGACCUUCCUCAGAAGGGGCGAGUAUUCAAGCCCCUGCACCAUUAGGGGGGGGGGUGAGGAUCUGUGCCCCACCUCUGUUGAACCCCAAGUUCUCUCCUACUGGCCCCCGACUGUGCCUGUCUUAGGUUGCCCCACCUUGUGGGGUCUUCCCGUCUUUGACUACCAGCCAUCUCUGGGCCAAGUAGGGUGAUGUGAGGUUCAGUUCUGUCUCCUUGGUAGCCUAUGCCCCUGUGGCCUCCAUGCCCAGCAACUGCCUUUGGAUCCCCUCGCCUGCUGGUGGGGCCCCAGCAUUGAUCACAUAUCUUGGGGAACCCAGGUUUCUUCUCCAGAGAGGGCCCAGCUUACACCAUUGGGCAAGAGACAGAUCCAUGGUACCAGCCACCGUGACCUCAGCAUUAACAAAGAACUCAGGCAACAGCUGUAGAAUAUUGGAUAGUGAGAAGAGGGUCCCUCUUGACACAAGGGCAAGAGGGGCCAAUACAGGACAAAGGAGAGUCCCGGGACAGGCUUUCUCAGACCAGGAUGUCAGGUUCUUGGCACAAGAUAAGUCCACAUAUGGGGCAUAUACCAGACACACCCAGUCAUGGCAGAAAAGGGAGGGGCCUUUCCUGGAACAGUAGGGUAGGGAGAUUCUAGAAAAGGCUGUGUUCAGGAGAGAAGGAGAAAGGCCAAAGAACCAGCAAACAAGUAGUUAGAUUUAUAAAAAGAAAAAGGAAAGGAGAUGUGGGGCAAAGCUGGGACAUAAGGACAGACAAAAAGGAGGCACAUGUGAUCCUCCCAAUGGACAGGUGGUUCCAGCUCAGGGCUGCACAUCUGCUGCAGACGGGUACUGGUCAGGUGUGCUACCUUAAUGGAAGUAAAACUUAAGCAUCAAGAACAAAACUCUGGCUAUUAAAACAAUAACAAGACAAUGCCAAUGCAAAACCCAAAACAUUUCAAAACUUAAACAUAACAUUUUUAAAACUAGUAAGAAUAAAAAAACAAUGGCAAUGCAAAACAGCAAUAAGUGAGUUUCUGCUAAAUGAAAAUUUCUUUUGCUGAUUUACUCAGAGUCCUCAGACUUGGCUGAGAAAGUAGCUUCCACUUCUUGCUUUUCUACCAUCUGCUGGGCUUCAGUUGUUAACUUCUUCAACUGACCGCAUGUUGGCACCUUAGUCCCUUGCAUAGCCUUCCUUUUCUUCUUUUUUCCGCUUUUCUUUGGAACAAUGGGACAAGGAGCUUCUCUGUGUCCAUUGUGGUAAUACAGGUAAUGCUCUGGUACCCAAAUUGGUUGCACUGCUCCUUCUGGAAAAAUACAAAACACAACCUCUUCCCCACAUCAUUACGAGAUCUGGUAAAACUCUUCUCUGGUUUGUGUAUCCUUCUACCAGGCUGAGUCGGCAGAGGCUAUUGUACAGGAAGCCCGAUGCCUUUUGGCUGCUGUACAACCCUCUGCAUUGUAUUUCCCAAAAGUCUAACAUAUAACAUUAUUCUCCCCCCCCCCUUUUUUUUAUAUAUAGAAAAGGUUUAUAUUGAUGGAAUUGUCAGUUUUCCUUUUUGUGUCAAGAGCCAACUUUGAUGUGUUAAAACUAAGUAAAAUGCAUUUACUCAAUCAGUAACAUUUUUAAGAAUAAACUUCAAAAUUGCAAGACAUAAUCAACCAACAGAUUUAAUUCUGUCCUCUAGAUUUUUCAUGAGGCAAAUUAGAUUAUUGAACAAUUUUUAUAAUUUGAUUUAGUAAACUUUACUUUUUAAUUUCAAGUGGCUCUGGAAAACCACAUUUGAGCCUUGCAAAACAGGUUCUGGCCUACCUGGUCUUUUCAGAUGUAAAUUGACCACAUUCUUUCUUUAAGAUUUUGCUACAGGCAGGAGGUGACUAUCACCUUCCUUCAUUAAGAAAAGCUUUCUUAAUUAACAAAAGACCAGUUUUUUACCUUGGCUCCUUAGAUUUUUAUAAAGAUAUAUUUCAAUAAUUUUUGAGAUUCAAAUCCAAAUUAUUAUUUUAAGGCAUAUUCUUUAGCAAAUUUUUGUAACAGAGACAAUUUUACUGAAUUUUCUUUUGCUUUGGGGAAAGUUUCAGCAAAUGACUCAGAUGGCAUAUUUUUCCCAAAGUCAUGCUUAAUAGAAAAAGACAUUUUAAAUUUUUUCCUAUUUCGCUUUCCAAAGUCAUGGCUAGCACCCAAGGUUAUCUUAGCUAAAGUUUGGUUGUCAUAAGAUGUUCUCCGGUAAUUUUUAAACAAAACAUUAAGUAAUCUCAUUGCGGGAGAGCUUAUAGCUCUGCCUUUUCCUGCUACCUUUGAAUCUCUCCACACCAGAGGCGGAUUCGGCAGUGGGGUUUCAUUUCUUAUUACAGAUUUUAGAUUCCAAACACAAAUUAAGAUAUUAAUUUGAACAAGAAACCCAUUGAGGUGACCAUGGCACUCUUUUUUUCAGCCUGAUUUAAAAGAGUACCUUUUAAUAUUCCAAUUUCUUUAUAAUUUGGUCUUUUUGUACAGGUGAUUCUAUUAACGGCAAAUGAAACAUUUCGGGAUUAGGACAUGGAGGUGGAGGGAGCCAUGAAGGCCAUCCCUCCCAUUUUUUCUUUUCUUUCUGCUCCUCUUAAGUCACUUUUCCUUCCUCAGAAAAGCAUGGACACACUUCUUGUAUAAAACAUUCCGUCUGACUGGGCGUAACCUUAACUUCUCUGCUAGCAAGCAUAUGUGUUAAAAGAUCAAUAAGGAGUCUUUUUUCUUCUAGACUCAGUAUGGCACAUCUUCUCAAUCUAAGUUCUGUACUAUCCACCCACUUACCCUACUUAUCCUCUAUAGGGGGGUCUGCAGCACCCUACGGUGGAAUCCUAUCCGUCCCGAGUGCGGGGGGGGCGGGGGGCUUACCUAGGGGAAUCCUGUUCGGGUGCCAAAAUGCUGGGGUCCAGCCCCAGCGGGUCCAGGGGUUCCCCAAGGUGUGGACAGAGUCAGCGAAGAAUGAAGGACACGGAGUCAGCUUUUAGGUGAUCAUAAUAGCCAGAUUCUCUCUUUUAUUGUCAUCUAACAUCUGUAUUUAUACUAUUUGGUUCUCACCUGGGGAAACAACCUCUCUUCUCCUAGCCAGGUUCCUCCCCCUAUUGUCCUCUUACAUCUGCAUUUAUUCUAUUUGAUCUUAACCCCAUCCAUUCCAUUCCAAAGGCUAGGGCGUUUCUCAUCUCUAUUUCAAGGUUCCUUGAAACAUUCCUGCAGGGACUGCCUCAAGCAGCCAGGGUGGAUCGGCUUCCAACACUAUUCAGAUAAUAAAAUUCUCUUUCAGCUUCAGAGAAGUUAACAGGGAUAAAUAUAUGAACAAAAAGCACUGCUAGGAUAAAUCUGGAGAAAAUAAUUAUUAGCUAACGCUUUUUUAAAAAAUAUAUUUUUAUUUUUUUCAGAGAGGAAGGGAGAGGGAGAGAGAUAGAAACAUUAGAAACAUCAAUGAUGAGAGAGAAUCAUUGAUCAGCUGCCUCCUGCACGCCCCCUGCUGGGGAUUGAGUCCGCAACCUGGGCGUAUGCCCUUGACUAGAAUCGAACCUGGGACCCUUCAGUCCGCAGGCUGACGCUCUAUCCACUGAACCAAACCAGGUAGGGCUAGCUAACACUUCUUAAGUUUGUAUUUCUUCUCAGCUGUACAUAUGAUUUAGUAGAAAGCAAUUGUUCUUUUUUUCCUCUCAACUAAUAUUGCAGUAGCAACUACUAUUAACUUGUUUACAUUUUUUGAGAACUGUUAAAACAGUUUUUAAAAUUUCAAAAUCUUGGAUUUACAUUUGAGGGCAAAUUAAAUCUGGUAACCUUGAAUUCCCUUGUUAAACAGAAUGAGUUAUGGUGUAUGAUGAAAAGUAUCUGCCUGACAGCUGCCUUACAAUUCACGCAUUCCAUGUGUAACAAAUACUAUUGAAUGCCUGUUUGUUAUGAGCAUAUUUCUCUGCUAGUCAUUAUAGUUAUCUGCUGUUCAAAUACUAAGUUUCUUUUGGUAACUGUUCAGUUGGACUGUUAACAUUUAUGUUUGUGGGAAGAAAAAAAGUUGUUUACAAGAGAGGGAAAAGUGAAUCUGGUUAUUUAUGUAGCAAAGCGAAAAGCGCUUAUUGCUGACAGAGAAUCGUAACUUUAAGAAUUUUUAAGAAUUGCUCCUAGCAAGUAAAAAAUGAAUAAAACAUGCAGUUCUUAGUUAAAGGCCUUAUUAGAGGAGUCUUACUAUACAAGUAGUAAAUUUUAUCAUUGUUUAGUUACAACCAUCUGUAAAUAAUUUUAAAUGCUUAUGUGGGAUUCAAAUUAAUUGGAAUAAAGUAUAAAUUAAAAGUAUAUAAUCAUUGGCAAGUUAUUGAAAAUCUCAGGGCUUAUAAAAUGUAGUUAAAUUUAUUUAAAAAACUAGAGGCCCUGUGCACGAUUAAAUCAUGUGCGUGUAGGGUCUCCUAGGCCUAGCCUGCCAUCAGGGCCAUGUCCGCCGCCCGCGAUGCCUUGCAUGCUCCGCGGAUGCUGCCGGCGCCCCACAACACUCUGGGGAUUCUGCUGGCACCCCGGGAGGGUGGGGGGAAAGGAGGGUGGGGAGGGCUGGGAGGUGGGGUGGGGUGGGGGUAGGGCCCGAGAGGUGCUCCAUGCACCUCCUGGUGACCAGUCAUUAUGGUGUUACGGCGUUAGGGCCAUUGGUCUUUUAUAAUAUAGAGAAGAUCUACAGCUGGUCACCAAAUGCAAAGUCAAUCUGCUGUUUAACCAUGAAAACAAAAUCAAGUUUGCAUAUUACCACUAACACACAUACAUAUGGGUAAUAGAACCAUGUUUCAUUGAAUUUGGGGGAAAGAAUAGCUUGGUAUUAAUAAUGCCAAUAUUAAGAUAGUAUUCUUGUAGGAAUACUAUGUGCAUGUUUGAUAUUUUGCUGAGUAACAAUAAUUGUUCAAUGUUUAAGAAGAAUAUUAAGAAAAUACAAGGGUAGAAUUUAAUGCAGUGAUCUACAUUUUUGGCCCAUGGGAAACUCUCGUAGUCAUUACCUACAUAUUAGUUUAUGCUGCUGGCUUUUGUGCCCUUGAAGAUUAUAAUAGUGACCAAAAUAUCUGUGCAACUGAGACUCAUUUUGAUUAUUGUUAUUGAAGCCUGAUCAUAAAAAAAUAAAAUAAAAAAUACCUUGUGAACUUGCUAUCUGAUCUGUUUCUAGUUACAACAUAAUAAAGAUUAUUUUUCUGUGCUA